AAACUGUUCUUCUCACAACUCAAACUCUCUUCUUCAAGUUCUAUCUCUCUUUCGCGUUUUCACCGACUCUCCAAAACCUCUUCAUCUUCACUUUCUUCUCCCUCCCAUUUGGCACCUAAAGCAAAACAACUUGAGAGCAAUCUGCAAGAAAAAUGGCAUCGUUGUCCAAAACAACAACAGAGCAAUACUCCUAUAUCAAGAACCGCAUGGCAUCAACAUUCUCUUCCACAAUUCCCAUAGUCGACCUUUCCAAACCUGAUGCAAAGACCCUCAUAGUCAAUGCUUGUGAAGAGUUUGGAUUCUUCAAAGUCAUCAACCAUGGAGUCCCCAUGGAAGCUAUAUCCCAAUUGGAAACUGAGGCCCUCAAGUUCUUCUCUUUGCCACUCAAUGAGAAGGAAAAAGCAGGACCUCCCAAUCCUUUUGGGUAUGGUAGCAAGAGGAUUGGACCCAAUGGUGAUGUUGGUUGGGUUGAGUAUCUUCUUCUAAACAACAAUCAAGAACACGAUUUUUCCCUCUAUGGUAAAAAUCACGAGAAAUUCAGGUGUCUGUUGAACAGCUACAUGUCUUCUGUGAAGAAAAUGGCUUGUGAUAUUCUUGAGCUGAUGGCAGAAGGGCUGAAGAUUCAGCAGAAGAAUGUGUUCAGCAAGCUUCUGAGGGAUAAAGAAAGUGACUCUGUUUUCAGGGUGAAUCAUUAUCCUGCUUGCCCUGAACUUGCUGUGGAUGGUCAGAACAUUAUUGGGUUUGGAGAGCACACAGACCCACAAAUCAUAUCUCUGCUAAGGUCUAACAACGCUUCAGGCCUUCAAAUUUAUCUCAGAGAUGGAAGCUGGAUUCCAGUCCCACCUGAUCACAACUCCUUCUUCAUCAACGUUGGAGAUUCUCUUCAGGUUAUGACUAAUGGACGGUUUCGGAGUGUGAGACACAGGGUUUUGGCAAAUGGAUUCAAGUCAAGGCUCUCAAUGAUUUACUUUGGAGGUCCACCUUUGAGUGAGAAAAUAGCACCGUUGCCCUCUCUCAUGAAAGGAAAAGAAAGUCUAUACAAAGAGUUUACGUGGUUCGAGUACAAGAAUUCAUUUUAUGCUUCAAGAUUGGCUGACAAUAGGCUUGGACAUUUUGAGAGAAUUGCAGCUUCAUAAUAUGCCAGAGACUUGUCAAUACAAAAUGGUUACAAUUUUAUACUAUAAAUGGUUUUUACCUUUCUUUUUUAGUUUUGCUACUUUAAGGCUUUUUCUCAACCAGAAUACUUUAUAGAUAGGACAACAUAUAUACCCUUUUGCUUCAACACUAGUCAAUUAUAUCUGAUGUUGUUUACUGUGGAGAUCUAAUUACGGUCAAAAACAUCAGACAAUAUAUAUAUAUAAUAAUUAAUAAUGAAUUUGAUUUGAA